ACGCUGUUGCCUUGAUGGUGCUUAGUGCGCAUAUCACGCACCACAGCUGACGUCACGAUCACUCGAUCAGACUAAACAGGACAACGUCAGGGAUAGGUGUGGUUAUCUUGCUCUGCUGUACUUCAUAGUGUCCAUGUUGUGCCUCCCGCCGUAACUUUAAUUUACUUCAUCAUGGUGGAGCCGGCGCAGGUAAUAGCGGAACAAGAUGAACAGUUGGAGGGAGUUCAUCCACCUACCCUUGAGCAGAACUCAGCACGGGUCACUUCUCAUGAUGCAAAGGACCCUGACAUCCUGCUAUCCACAGAUCAGGCCCUUCUUGCAGCUCGGCAGAGAAUGCAGGAGCAGUACAAUAAGGCUGCCAAAGAGAGCUUAGAGAAGAAGAAAGCAAGGGAGGAAAAGAUGAGGGAAGAUAAAAUUGCAGAGUUGGAAUGCAUGCAGUCUGGUAAAGGGAACAGACUGAAGGACAAUAGCAGUGCCUCAGUCAGUGAUACCAAAAAGACCAACAGCAGCUGUGCCAAGACAGCAGCAAAACGAAGGAUGAAGCCAGAGUACAAUCCUCUAGUUGGAGACACUGGGGCGAGUAGCCGCCGGUGGAAGCCUACCAGUCGGGGUGCAUCUGGUGGCGGAUGAGGUUAAAGCUUGUACACAUCUUUCCUUGGCCUGUUGAGUGGACCCAGCUCUUGUGUGGCAAUGAUUUUUUUUAGCUUUUUUUUUCUUAUUAUUUGUAGUUCUUAGGUUACAUUCCUUUUGCUUACUGAUGCAGGAUAUUAGUGUAUUAUGCACACAUUUUGAUAUCUAAUGGAUGUUUUUAGUUGCACCUGGUAUGUGUUUGUAUUUACAAAGUAUCAAGGCUGGAAUCCACAUUCAUGGUCAGAUGAGAAAGUGUGUACAUCUUUGUUGGGUUGGAGUACUGAAUUGAACUGGUUGAUCUGUAUACCUUUAAAUGUAUUAUUGCUCAUCAAUAUGUACUCCAUAAUCUUGGAAUCAUGCUCUGUUUGGUCAGGAUUUAUGAAGCUUUGAACCUAAGUAGCAACAAGCUAGGGUUCAUUGUGGAAGGUUAUUCUGACCACCAGGAGUUGUACAUUACCUUCCACUUCUCUUGUUGGUGCUGUUCUUAUUGUGCAUGCAAAUCUUAACAUGUAUGCCACUUUCCACUUAGCUUCUGUCAUUCUCUUGUAUUAACUCUAAAGUGGUUCAUAGCAUCUCUGUGUGGAGGAUAAUGUGAACUCUUAGGAGAGCCUCUGAGAAGUAGAGAUAAUACAUGUAUUGUACUCACCUACACCCAAUAAAAUAUUUGUCAAAGCAAA